UUAGCGAUGGAGCCAUUCCACCCUAUGGUGAAUCUGGAUUGUUCUCGGGAUUUCCGGCCAUUUCUUUGUGCACUCUAUGCUCCUAUUUGUAUGGAAUAUGGACGUGUCACACUUCCUUGUCGUAGGCUGUGUCAGCGGGCUUACAGCGAGUGUUCGAAGCUCAUGGAGAUGUUUGGUGUUCCUUGGCCUGAAGAUAUGGAAUGCAGUAGGUUCCCAGAUUGUGAUGAGCCGUAUCCUCGACUUGUGGAUCUGAAUUUAGCUGGAGAUCCUACUGAAGGAGCCCCGGUGGCAGUGCAGAGGGACUAUGGUUUUUGGUGUCCCCGAGAGUUGAAAAUUGAUCCUGAUCUUGGUUAUUCUUUUUUGCACGUGCGUGAUUGUUCACCUCCUUGUCCAAAUAUGUACUUUAGGAGAGAAGAACUUUCAUUUGCUCGAUAUUUCAUAGGAUUGAUUUCAAUCAUUUGCCUCUCUGCCACGUUGUUUACUUUUUUAACUUUUUUGAUUGAUGUCACAAGAUUCCGUUAUCCUGAAAGACCUAUUAUAUUUUAUGCAGUCUGCUACAUGAUGGUAUCAUUAAUUUUCUUCAUUGGUUUUUUGCUUGAGGACCGAGUAGCCUGCAAUGCAUCUAGCCCUGCACAGUAUAAGGCUUCCACAGUGACACAAGGAUCUCAUAAUAAAGCCUGUACCAUGCUUUUUAUGGUACUCUAUUUUUUUACUAUGGCUGGCAGCGUUUGGUGGGUAAUUCUUACCAUCACAUGGUUCUUGGCAGCUGUGCCCAAGUGGGGUAGUGAAGCUAUUGAAAAGAAAGCAUUGCUGUUUCACGCCAGUGCAUGGGGCAUCCCUGGAACUCUAACUAUCAUCCUUUUAGCAAUGAAUAAAAUUGAAGGUGACAAUAUCAGUGGCGUGUGUUUUGUUGGCCUCUACGAUGUUGAUGCAUUGAGAUACUUUGUUCUUGCACCCCUCUGCCUAUAUGUGGUAGUUGGGGUUUCACUUCUCUUAGCUGGCAUUAUAUCCCUGAACAGAGUUCGAAUUGAGAUUCCAUUAGAAAAGGAGAACCAAGAUAAAUUGGUGAAGUUUAUGAUCCGGAUUGGCGUUUUCAGCAUUCUUUAUCUCGUACCCCUCUUGGUUGUAAUUGGAUGCUACUUUUAUGAGCAAGCUUACCGUGGCAUCUGGGAAACAACAUGGAUACAAGAACGCUGCAGAGAAUAUCACAUUCCGUGUCCAUAUCAGGUUACUCAAAUGAGUCGUCCAGACCUGAUUCUCUUUCUGAUGAAAUACCUGAUGGCUCUCAUAGUUGGUAUUCCCUCCAUUUUUUGGGUUGGAAGCAAAAAGACGUGCUUUGAAUGGGCCAGUUUUUUUCAUGGUCGUAGGAAAAAAGAGAUAGUGAAUGAGAGCCGACAGGUACUCCAGGAACCUGAUUUUGCCCAGUCCCUCCUGAGGGAUCCAAAUACUCCUAUUAUAAGAAAAUCAAGAGGAACUUCCACUCAAGGAACAUCCACACAUGCUUCUUCAACUCAGCUGGCUGUGGUGGAUGACCAGAGAAGCAAAGCAGGAAGUGUCCACAGCAAAGUGAGCAGCUACCACGGCAGCCUCCAUAGAUCCCGUGAUGGCAGGUACACUCCCUGCAGUUACAGAGGAAUGGAAGAGAGACUACCUCAUGGCAGCAUGUCACGACUAACGGAUCACUCCAGGCACAGUAGUUCUCAUCGGCUCAAUGAACAGUCCCGACAUAGCAGCAUCAGAGAUCUCAGUAAUAAUCCUAUGACUCACAUCACACAUGGCACCAGCAUGAAUCGGGUUAUUGAAGAAGAUGGAACCAGUGCAUAAAUUGUCCUGUCAAAAGUGGAAAACUUGUGCUGUUUAAAAAGCAGAUUUUAUUCUUUGCCUUUGCAUGACUGAUUGCUGUAACUCACUGUUAUGCUUUCAAUCAGGUGCAGAGUGUGUCCAUUGGAAAAGUAAAUGUUUGCUUUUUAUAUUGCAUCAAAUUUGGAACAUCAAGGCAUCCAAAAUGCUAAGAAUUAUAUCAUCAUAUAAAUAAUUCUUAUUUCUAGGUUAUGAAGAGAUAAUUAUUUGUCUGGUAAGCAUUUUUAUACACCCACGUAUUUUAUAUUUAGAAAAAUCCUAAAAGUAUGGUGACUGCUUUGUAGUGAACUUUGAUAUAAUAUCAACUAGUUGUGAGAUCACAUUCUGGUAGUUCUGUUAAUAAAACAAAGUUUCAGAAUUAAAGAAAUUUUCUAUGCAAGAUUUAUUUCUCAGACGAAUAGUAGGACUUUGUAGUUUUCUUUCCACUAAGUGAAAAAGAACUGUUUUUAAACUGUAGGAGAAUUUGAUAAAUCAGCAAGGGUAUUUUAGCUAAUAGAAUAUAAGAUCAACAAAAGAAUCUGAUUAGUCUAUCGAAGGCUCUUUCAAAAUUCUAUCAAAAUAAUCUUCAUCCAGAGAAAUACAGGAUUAGGAUUCGCAAUGGGCAUUUUUUCCCCUAUAAUUGUGCUGUUUUUAUUACUUUUGUAAAUAUUGCUUUUACUGGCUGUUUUACUUUUACUGGCUGUGUUUUUAUAACUUAUCCAUAUGCAUGGUGGAAAAUUUUUAAUUCGUAGCCAUCUUUUCCCAUGUAGUAGUAGUGAUUCAUAGAGAAUUUCGGGUUCAGAGCUGUUCCGUGGAGGCAUGUAAUAAGAUAAGCAUCACACAUUAUAAGGUUUUUUGUGGCAACCACAAUUACAAAAUGGCGAAAUGUUAUCUCUGUAUUCAUUGUUGUAUUUUUCUACAAUGAGAUGUGGUCUUGUCAAAGCCACCAGAUCUUGGUAUCCAGGCCCCUCCUACAAGUGAGUUGAUUGUCUGUGCUUGCACUGCCCAGUAGCAAACAGGCUACAGCUUUUGUCCCAUACUCUUAUUUUCAGAUUCUGGAUUAUUCUUGUUUACAGCUGAAAUAUAUGUAACCUAAGUCCAAAGUGGUGAUUAAUUUGGGGUAUUUGAAAAUUGUUGUAGCUAAAUGAAGCAUGAUUAGUCUUGCUGUGAAGUAUCUUUUAAUCUUGAAAAUAUCAACUCAAAAAUGUUUGACAUUUUGUCUUGUGAUGUUUAAAUAGUUUACAAUAAAAACUGUGAACUUUAUUAGGCAUGAAAUUGAUCAGAAGGGAAAGGAGAAUUCUGGAAAAUGCUACAUGUGUUAUAUAGAAAAGCAUAUUUAAACAAGCGGUCCUCAACCCUGACUACAGAUGAGAAUCACUUGGGGAACCUCUGAUGCCUGGCACCUUCCUCUCAUUCAGAUGAGAAUCGGUAGUUUUUUAAAAAAAAGCUUUCCAGGUGAUCUAACCUGCAGCCAGAUUGCAGGCUGUUUUCAACUAACUAGCCCCUGAUGAUGAUCUGUUGGCAUCAUAUUAUAUCACGUGAAAAUCUAGCUGGAUUCAAUGUUAAUGCUUUUAUAUCAUUACCUGGUAUACAAUUGUUCUCCACUUUAUUGUCCACUAUAAAAUGUGGAAUUCUGGGCUCCACUCCUAAAAAUUCUUAUUUAGUAAGUCAGUGGUGGUAGGACUUUAAAAUCUGUAGUUAUAAAAAUAUAACAUGUGAUUCUUAUGCAGGUAAUCCAAGAAUCACACUUUGAAAAAUAUUCUAGACUCUAGAGAGGCCUGGCUUUGUCAUAUGCUAGUUUUUGACCUUUAACAAGUCAACUUCUCUGAGCCUCAGUUCCCUUGUCUGUAAAUGAAGAUAGAAAAUAAAUACCUACCUCACAAAGUUGUCAAAUAGGGAUCAAAUGAAAAAUCAUAUGAAAACUCUUUGAAAACUGUAAAGCAUUGUGAAAUAUAAGGGAUUAAGAUUAUUGGGAUUUAAGAGAUUUGUUUGAGGGCUACUAUAUUACAUUCCUUGAUGUGUGUUUAAUUCAUUUGUACUCUUCUCUCUUUCUUUAAAACAAAAAGUACGAAGAAAUUUGGCCUUGAAAAAGAAGCUUUUAUCAGGCAUAAAAGUUAGUUUUCUGAUGAUAAC